ACUUUUUUCCAUCAGCCGGUCACACUGCGGUGCACGUUUUUGAAAGCCGGCCAUCAACGUUGAAAUCCAAAACAAACCAGAAAUCCACAAUGUUUAUGAACUCAAAUCUGUUUGAGCCCGGGAAAUCCAAGGCGGAGAAGACCUUUAUCCAGCAGGCGGUGAAACAGAACAACAGAUUCGAUGGAAGGCGUUCCACCGAGUGUCGCGAUGUGGAGCUAACCUUCGGCUCGGAUUGGGGCACUGUGGCGGUUUCUCUGGGCGAAACUAAGGUCCUGGCCCAGGUGAGCUGCGAUAUCGGUGUACCAACUAUAGCCCGGCCCAACGAGGGAAAGCUCAUACUGAAUGUUAACAUCAACGGUGUGGCGUUUCUCGAUGAAGUCCAGAGCACUUAUGACCAGAGAUUCCUCACCUUGAAUUCCCUGCUGGAGCGCACGUUUCGCACUUCCAGGUGCCUGGACAUGGAAUCCAUGUGCAUAGCUUCCGAGCUGCACGUGUGGUGUGUUCGUGUGGACAUUAAUGUGCUCAAUCACGAUGGAAAUCUUUAUGAUGCCAGUACUAUAGCCACCUUAGCAGCAUUGAUGCACUACCGCCGGCCGGAUGUGAAAUUUGCGGACGAUGAACUGCAUAUCUACACCGAAAAGGAGCGGGAAUACCAGCCCCUGCUCUUCCUGCACUAUCCCGUCAGCGUAACAUACUGCAUUUACAAGACCAGUUCACAGCCGAUAGUGGAUCCAACGCUACUCGAAGAGAACGCCGCCGAUUCAGUGAUUGUCCUGAGCUUUAAUUCGUACCAGGAGCUGUGUACGCUGAACGCUGGAGGCAGUGCACCCACGAAUGUACGAACCAUUAUGCAGUGCGCCCGGAGUGCAGCCAAACGUUCCAAAGCCCUGGUGGAUUUCAUACGCAAAGCUUUAGGCCUACACGAGGCGCAAAGAUCACGGGGCAGUCAAUAUGUUCCGGGACUGCUGAGCCUGGUCAGUGAGACGGCGCAAAAGGUGAGCUUCCACAAGCUGAUGAAGGACGAGCUUGGUCAGGAGCGUUACACCAUGGAAGCUUCGCAAAUGGAGGUUGACGAGCAGCCCCCAAAAGAGGUGGAGUUAGUGGCGGAAGAUGUUGAUAAGGUGGAGAUCCCUAAACAAGAAAAAGAAACUCCCAUGGAUGACAGCACUUGGCUGCCGGAGGAGAGCACCGAGGCGACGAUUCCCACGCCAAAACCAGUAAAAAACAAGCGAAAUAGGAACAAAGCCAACAAAAAACAGCAAAAUCAACCUACAAAAAAACCACAAAAUGAUUCGGAUUCGGAGGAGGAGACCAAGCCGGUUCUCUAGUAACCGGAUAUAGAGACAGUCCUGAUAGUUAAAUGAAAAUGCUUUCUAUUAAGUUUUAUUUAGGCUUAAACGUAUGGCUAAAAAUCAGUCUAGGCAUUUAACAGAAAUCGCUUAAAGAGGAAUUCCAAUCUGAGCUUGGAACCAAGAUGUUCGUCUUAGUCUUAGAACUAUAGCUCUAAAUAUAAUUUCCGAAAAAGGACGAUUGUUAAAAUGUAUCUUUUACAGCAA